UAGACAGAUAAGUGCGUCUGAGAGACUGCAGGCAUCUCUGUGAUCUCCGGGCUCAAGGCUGCACUCGGCGCACUACACAGCGAACUAUACACUGCAUCAUUACUGGAUAGGCAAAGGAUCACUCUGUAUCUAUGACUAUUUUUCCAGCUCUUGUUGGCGUUUCCCCCCCUUUUUCCUGUGCACUUUAAUUGGAGAAGCUCGCCAAGAUGAUGUCCAUGAACAGCAAACAGGCGCACUUCGCCAUGCACCCCUCUUUACCCGAGCACAAGUACACCACCCUGCAUUCCAGCUCGGAAGCUAUAAGGAGAGCCUGUCUACAAACUCCACAGCUACAGAGUAACAUCUUUGCCAGUCUGGAUGAGACCCUGCUGGCCCGGGCUGAGGCUUUGGCGGCCGUGGACAUCGCCGUGUCCCAGGGAAAGACGCACCCGUUCAAGCCCGACGCCACCUACCACACGAUGAGCACGGUGCCAUGCUCGUCCACGUCCACUGUGCCACUGGCCCACCACCACCAUCACCACCACCACCACCAUCAUCAGAACCUGGAGCCUCCGGACAUUAUGGAUCACAUCAGCUCGCCGUCCCUGUCCCUGAUGUCCGGUGCGCACGACGGGGCAGGCGGAGGAGGCGGCGGUGGUGGAGGAGGUGGCGGCGGAGGACUCAUCUCCACCUCCUCUGCCCACCCGCACUCUCACAUGCACGGCUUGGGGCACCUGUCCCACCAGGCUGCUAUGAGCAUGAACUCACCUCUCACCCACCACGGGCUCUUACCAGGCCACCACGGGGGGAGUCAAGGCGGCCCGGGGCUCACUAACGCCGGACUCCCCUCCAUCAAUGACUCGGACACAGACCCAAGGGAGCUGGAGGCUUUCGCGGAGCGCUUCAAGCAGCGGAGGAUCAAGCUGGGGGUGACCCAGGCGGACGUGGGAGGCGCACUGGCUAAUCUCAAAAUCCCCGGCGUGGGAUCUCUGAGCCAAAGUACAAUUUGUCGAUUCGAGUCGUUGACUCUGUCUCACAACAAUAUGAUUGCGCUCAAACCCAUCCUCCAGGCCUGGCUGGAGGAGGCCGAGGGGGCCCAGAGGGAGAAAAUGAGCAAACCGGACAUUUUCAACGGAGGGGAAAAGAAACGCAAGAGGACCUCGAUAGCGGCUCCAGAAAAGAGGUCUUUGGAGGCUUACUUCGCCGUACAGCCUCGGCCGUCGUCCGAGAAAAUAGCAGCUAUAGCCGAAAAGUUGGACCUGAAAAAAAAUGUGGUGCGAGUGUGGUUUUGUAACCAAAGACAGAAGCAGAAGAGGUUGAAAUUUUCUGCUGCUCACUGAUGGGCAAAGAAAAAUUAAAAAAAGAAAAAAAAAAAAAACAAACGAAAAAGGAAAAAAAAAACAAAAGUUGUGUGACUGAAUUUGGGGACCAAGGGACACUAAAGACACCAUUUUCAGUCUUUUGUCUCCAGCGAUUUUACACGUUGGUGCACAGUGGGCUUUAGAUACCCAUUUUAUGAGGCUUCAUAUAUCUUGUUUAUUUUCACGUUAUCGGUGAAUGUGAAGUAUGCAAAUAACAGAUUACACAAAUUUCGCUCAGUUGUUACGAGGGAAAAGUUUAGCGACGUCAACAUUGCCUUUUAAAAACAUGUGGAAAGAGGUAAUUUGCUUGAUACAAUAGCGAGUUAUUUUCUCCUAAUAGGCCUAUUAUUUGAAGUAUAGCCAUUUACGAAUUACCUCAUUGAUUGUUGAGCUGUGUUUUUGGUUUGAUUUUUUGUCGUUGUUGGUAUAGAAUAAUUCAUGCAUCUGUUCAUUUAUUCAUCUGUUUAUUUAUUCUCAUUUGGAGGCUGCUAUGAACUCAAAUUUAGUUGCAAACUUUUAUGGCUAACAGAAAAUUAGGCCUGCAUGAAAUCCUAAUUCACGGGCAGUAAUUUAGCUGUCAUUAGGCUGUCACAUCUAUAGAUAUAUUUAUUUUCAAUUUGCACAAAAGACCUUUUAGGUUAAUAGAUCGGUUAUGUCGAAAUGUUUUUGUAUAUACAGACAUCACUUUAUCACUAUCAGGGGUGAGAGCUCCUGUGUUUUGGAAAUAAAUUCAAGGGUCUAUCGACACUUAUUGGCAUCACUUAGAAAAAAAAAAAGUUCCAAACAGAUUCAAAGAGCCUUGCCUGCUUCAUGGAGGAGAUCUCAGAAAAAAAGUUUUUUUUUGUUUUGUUUUUUUUUAUCAUGUGUUUCAGUUUGCAGUGCAAACACUCUAUGCAUUGGAAAAAGAAUCACUGCAUACAGUAGAGCUGUCUACUGAUAGACCUUAUUUUGUGGAUGGUGUAAGUCACUGUUUAAUGCCUGUUUUCACAUUAAGAUCACCACGUUGUUUGUCGUGUUAAUUGUUACGGAAACGUUGUGUAAGUAAUAUUUUACUUUGUGCACAAGUAUGUUUACAAACUGCGGCGACAUGUGCAUCAUGGAAAUGUCCCACUGUCUCCUUCCCUCUCUCACAACUUCUCCACUCUCCUCUGUUGUCCUCUUACUUUCAUUGGUACUAUUCAUCCUGUAAGCCAAAUUUAACAGGGAGGUGUGUUCCAGCAAUCUUCUAAUAAACUGAAGAAAGAAAACGUU